AUGUCUAGCACCGAGAAGUUACGCGCUCGUUUUGCAGAAGCUCUCUCUCACGAGAAUAUCAAGAGCUUUUUGGAUGUCUUGGAAUGCAUGAAUGUGCAGGUCGAUACGCCGGACGCCCAGGGCCGAACCAUGCUGUGGCACUGUGUCAGAACGCGUGACCACAAGAAAGUGGAUUUCCUCAUUAGAUGUGGCGCAGAGCCUGAUGUGACGGAUAAUGAGGGGAUGACGCCUAUUCACGUUGCUUUGAUGCAGGGCGAAUUCAUCGAUGAACUCAUAGCGCGGAUGCUGCUAGGUUCUCGACCGAAAACCUCGAUAUCCGAGAUACUUCAGGGUGGCCUGAGCCUUGACCAGUUAUUUUUGUACCAUGCCGACAUUUCCGACAGUGUCAAUGCCAUCAGGUUUCUCCUGAAGCUGGGCGCUGAUGUUAAAACUCUUAAUGAGGAUCGUGAAACACCUUUGAUGCGGGCAGCCCACUACGGGGAGCUUAAAACCAUGAAAAUACUAGAAGCAGUCAACUUGCUUUUAUCCAGCGAAAAGCUUAACGUGAAUUGCCAGGACCGCAAGGGUAGAUCGGCCUUCUGGCUAUCAGUACACCUCGGGCGUGACAAGAUCAGCGAGCGAUUUCUGAAUGAUAGCAGAGUGGAUGUGAACUUCAGGGGUGGUAGUGUAAUCCCGCAAUGGCAAACCACACCUCUUUAUAUUGCCUGUUACCGCAGGAAUAUUCAAAUGGUCUCCUGCAUUCUUGCAGCGACAAAUUUUCCCAGAGUGGAUCCAAACAUCCAAGGAGAUAUGGGAAUGAGUCCUCUUAGAGCCGCCGCAUAUCAAGGCAUCUAUGAGCUCGUGGCAAUGCUUCUCAAGGCAGACGGUAUUCGGAUCAACGCAGUUGACGAAGGAGAAAAUGAUCCCCUCUGGCUGGCGAUUCAAAUACAUUCAGUGUCCGUAGUUCAACUCUUCUUGAACGACUGCCGACUUGACAUUAAUUGCCAGAAUAACCGAAAGGGGGACACGUAUCUCAUUGCUGCAGCUCUUUAUGGCAAUGUUCCCCUAGUGAACAAGCUCCUCAAAUUCAAGGGCAUUGAGCUUAGUAGAAGGAACAAGGAGGACGAAAGUGCGGUAGAGAUCGCCCACAAGCUCAACCACCACCAAAUCGUUCAAAUGAUCAUUCAAUCCAUGGCCGACAGAGGAGCAGAUCGCUUAUAG